GUUUUACUUGGACUGGAAGCUUGUACGAGCCUAAUCCACAGUGCGUCGUUUGUUUUGAAAUAUUAUCAAACGAUUUUAUGAAACCAUCAUUUUUAAAACGCCAUUUAGAUAGUAAACAUAAAAAUGUAGUAAAUAAGGAGUUACAGUACUUUGAACGUCUUUUAGAAGAUCUUAAAAAUAGGAAAAACAAUAUAAAACAGUUUUCUGGUGCAGAACAAAAUGAAAAUGCACUAAAAGCUUCUUACAAAGUAAGUCAUUUGAUCGCAAAGUCUGGCGAAAACUUAAUCCUACAAGCCGCAGUAGAAAUUGUUUCUUGCAUGUUUGGAGAAAAAGAAGCAAAAAUAAUUAAAACAAUUCCAUUAUCAAAUGAUACAGUUUCAUUGAUUUAA